ACAGAUUCAACCCAAUUAUAAAGGGAAAAAAGAUGUGUCCUCAGUCACUGAGGGCUGCAGAGGGUGGCAACCACUGGAGAACGGAGAUGCAGCAGGAAGAAGUGGCAAGUAUGAGUUCUAAGUCAAAAUCCAUAGGGAUCAUUGGAGCCCCUUUCUCCAAGGGACAGCCACGAGGAGGGGUGGAAGAAGGUCCUACAGUAUUGAGAAAGGCUGGUCUGCUUGAGAAACUUAAAGAACAAGAGCAUGACGUGACAGACUAUGGAGACCUGUCCUUUGCUGAUGUCCCUAAUGACAGCCCCUUUCAUAUUGUGAAGAACCCACGGGCGGUGGGAAGAGCCAACGAGCAGCUGGCUGGUGCAGUGGCAGAAAUCAAGAAGAACGGGAGGAUCAGCCUGGUGCUGGGCGGGGACCACAGCUUGGCGAUUGGAAGCAUCUCUGGCCAUGCCAGUGUCUGCCCCGACCUGGCUGUCAUUUGGGUGGAUGCUCAUACUGAUAUCAACACUCCACUGACAACCACAAGUGGGAACUUGCAUGGACAACCUGUGUCUUUCCUCCUGAAGGAACUGAAAGGAAAGAUCCCUGAUGUACCAGGAUUCUCCUGGGUGACUCCCUGCAUAUCUGCCAAGGAUAUUGUCUAUAUUGGCUUGAGAGAUGUAGACCCUGGGGAACACUACAUUGUGAAAACUCUGGGUAUUAAAUACUUUUCAAUGACUGAAGUGGACAAACUGGGAAUUGGCAAGGUGAUGGAAGAAACGUUGUGCUAUCUACUAGGAAGAAAGAAAAGGCCAAUUCAUCUGAGUUUUGAUGUUGAUGGACUAGACCCAUCUUUCACACCAGCUACUGGCACACCAGUUGCGGGAGGUCUGUCUUACAGAGAAGGCAUCUACAUCACAGAAGCAAUUCAUAAGACAGGACUACUCUCAGGAUUAGAUAUAAUGGAAGUAAACCCAUCUCUGGGGAAAACACCAGAAGAAGUAACUCGAACGGUGAACACAGCAGUAGCACUAACCUUGGCUUCUUUUGGAGUUGCUCGGGAGGGCAAUCACAAGCCAAUUGACUACCUUCACCCACCUAAAUAAAUAUGGAGCAUUAUCUAAAAAUUUCACAGCUAAUGCUGUAAUUAGCAAAUCUAUAACUUACUUAAGCUUACAGUUAUCUGCCCAAAGACUUGUUCUUCCAGAAAAAUGUUUUUCCAAUUAGUAUAAACUCUACCAAUUCCCUCUUGUUGCAAAACUCAAACUCAAGAAUUGGAAAUUAAAACUUCUGUGAAAUUGGCCGGCGCCGCGGCUCACUAGGCUAAUCCUCCGCCUAGCGGCGCCGGCACACCAGGUUCUAGUCCCGGUUGGGGCACCGGAUUCUGUCCCGGUUGCCCCUCUUCCAGGCCAGCUCUCUGCUGUGGCCAGGGAGUGCAGUUAUAGAUGGCCCAGUUGCUUGGGCCCUGCACCCCAUGGGAGACCAGGAAAAGCACCUGGCUCCUGGCUCCUGCCAUCGGAUCAGCGCGGUGCGCCAGCCGCAGCGCACCGGCCGCGGCGGCCAUUGGAAGGUGAACCAACGGCAAAGGAAGACCUUUCUCUCUGUCUCUCUCUCACUGUCCACUCUGCCUGUCAAAAAAUAAAAUAAUAAAAUAAAAUAAAGGCAAAUGAGAAGUAAAAAAAAAAAAAAAAAAAAAAAACUUCUGUGAAAUUGGAAAAGAUUUUCUCAUUAAAAAAAGACAUAUACUUAGAAGCAGCACACAUUGACUCCCAAUUAAAAAUGUGCUGGUGUGCAAAUAUUCACCCAUUAUAAUCCCCCAAACAUAGAGUAGACUCCUGAUAUCAGAAAACAAAGUUACCUCAUCUGGAAAGACAGUACAUGUCCAUGUUAUCUGAAAUAUGUGAUUCCUUUUGUAAUAAACUCUUUAUAAAGAAAA